AUAUCAGAGCCGCAUCGUGAGUGAUGCUCAAGGUACAUGAACAGAAUUAUCCCCAAACGAAACAAGAACAGUAGCAGCAGCAGUUGCAACUCUCUCAUUCUAUCGGAUGUGAAGUAUUGGUAAUCAGCCCCGGCUGGUCGAGGAUCCGUUCCGAUAACCCCGGCUUCGCCGACCAACAACCAACCGAGCGACCCAGAAACCUGGUUUAGCAAGUUCCAGUUCCCAUAUAAACCCCAUCAUGUGGCUCACAGGCUGCCAGCAAGUCAUGUCCAUGAUUACGGGGUUUACUGAGGUGGUCUUCCUUCGUUACACCGAUUCCAGUGAUUGAGUUUCGGCGUUGUUCUCAGCAAGCGCUCGAUUGUACAGUACAUACGAGCGCGGAGGAUUCCACGAUGGUUCACAUGGAUGCUUCAGGCAUGGGGGAUGCACCCCAGCAGCAGCAGCAGCAGCAGCAGCAGCCCAGCUCCCCCCUCACCACCAGCAUGGCGAACCCCGCCUUCAACAGAGACACCCACCUCGCCGAAAAGCUCGCCGCGCUACAAGCCCACGGCGUCAGCGCGCAAUCGCUCCCGGCCUCCGACGAAUCCGUCCUCUACCUCGCCUACGGCUCGAACCUGAACUCGCAAACCUUCCUCGGCAUGCGGGGCAUCCGCCCUCUCUCGCAGACGAACGUCGUCGUCCCCAGUCUGUGGCUCACCUUCGAUCUCCCGGGCAUACCGUACGCGGAGCCGUGUUUCGCGGCGACGAGGCCCCAGCAGAAGGAAACAGACCCCUCCCUCCCCCUCCUCCCCACCACCACCACCACCACCCACAAAUCUCCCACAGGAGGAGAACCAGACUACAGCCCGCGCAUGCCGCUCGUCGGCGUCGUCUACGAAGUCACCCUCGCCGACUACGCGCGCAUCAUCGCCACCGAAGGCGGCGGCCGCGGCUACAUCGACACCGUGAUCGACUGCUACGCCUUCCCCACGACCUACAACCCCCAAACGGACCCGGUCCCCGAACACCCCGGCACCGUGCCCUUCCAAGCCCACACGUUACUGUCCCCUGGUGCUGCCGCCGCUAUCACCACAACCACAACCACAACCACAACCCCAACGCCAGCAUCCAAAUCCAAAACCCCCACCCGCCCCAAUCCCUUCUACGCCCAGCCCUCGGCCCGCUACCUGGGCCUCAUCCGCGCCGGCGCCGCCGAGCACAACCUGCCCCGCGCGUACCGCGCCUAUCUGGCCGGGAUCCGGCCGUACCGGAUCACGACGCUGCGGCAGCGGGCCGGGCAGGUCGCGUUCCUGGCGGCGUGGGGGCCCGUGGUGAUGGGGCUGAUCGGGCUGGGGCGCGCGCUGGCCGGCCCGGAUGGGCGGCAUCCUGGGUGGUUGGUGCGGGCGCAGGACGCGGUGUUUGGGGCCAUGUGGCGGUCGUAUGAUUCGUUUUUUGUGGGGGUGUUUGGGGAUGGGGAGCGGACGGUGGGGGUACAUGUCUCAACGCUCACCAUACAUACAAUCUGGGAUAAUCAGCAGCUACAUAGCUCCCACCCUUUUUUCUACAUGUAUCCGAGAGCGAGGGAAGAGUGA